GUGGGUUGGGUCCGCAUCGAGGACAAGUCCAUUCUGACCAUCUCGCAUCAGGUGGUCACGCGGAAUAGUCGCAUCUCACUGACGCAGAGUGAACACAAGACCUGGACGCUGCACAUAAAAAAUGUGCAGGAAAGUGAUCGUGGAGGUUACAUGUGCCAGGUAAACACCUUGCCAAUGAAGAGCCAGGUUGGAUACUUAGACGUAACCGUGCCGCCCACUUUUAUUGAAAAUGAAACCAGCACUGAUGUGAUGGUUCGCGAGAACCAAAAUGCGACGCUGCGCUGUAAGGCACGUGGACAUCCGGAGCCAAA